GGCUGGUUUAAUUGGUAUGUGACAUAACUUGUAUAUAUAUUUAAUCGUAUAUCUACCUUGAGUCUUCUUCCGUUGCUUGUCUGAGAAUCGCGAGUCAGUCUCCCGACAAGAUGAAGAACGGCCGUGCAGACUCGUGGCCAGUUCUCCCAGUAUGCUCGCCGUCAUCACUGCCUCGGCCAACCUCAGCUUCGUCCUCUUCCUCUUCGGGAGCCAUCCGGAUAUUUCGAUUCCGUGAUCGCAUAGUUGUUAUCGCUAUCGACUUUUUAGUCCGUCUGUAUAGGACGAUCAGCACCGCACUUAUCACCAGCUACGAUGAGGCUCCACUGUCCCAGGACUUAAUGAUUCUAAAGUCCGUAUUCGUUCCUCUCUGUGUUGGGUCCAUCGUGGCCGGGGCCGCAACAGAGUAUACAAAAACACGCCCCUACCCGCCCUGAUCAGCACAACCUCGCGGC